AUGGCUGUCGAGGCAUCGUCACUAAAGGCAAAGCACGUUGAUGUUCACUUACUGCCUAUCAAAGACCUUGGCCGCGUCAGCAAGUUUCUAGGCACGCUUAAUGGUGACGGAGGCUACAAUAUCGAUCAGGAGGAGGCGAUGCUUGGAGCGUCGAACAAGCGGUCUGGCCCAACGAUACGCGAGUUCCAGUCACUCGUGGGCAGCUUGCUAUGGGUUGCGCGCUGCAAAAAGCCCGACAUCGCCUUUGCGGGCACAGUGAGCUUGAAGGUCACGAUAGCGCCGGCGCAAAACCGUGACCAAAAAGUGUCUCGACGGGGAGCGUUUAGCAACGCUGAUUCUGCGGUCGAUAAGGCCGACAGGAAGUCGAUGACCGGCAGCGUACUUCGCCUUCACGGCAUGGCAGUGAGUCGAGGCGCGCAUAAACAGGGCGGCGUGUCUCUGUCAAUGAUGAAGGCCGAUUUUGUCGCUGUCUCGUAA